GCUCAGCCGUGUACGCACACACAAGCAACAACGCCAUCGACGAUCACAAGGCACCCCGAUCAAUCACAGUAGUCGUCAACGACUCAAUCCACAAACGAUGUUCGGAAUGAAGACGGCUUGCGCGGCUCUGGCGUUCGUGGGUCAGGCGAACGGAUUUGUUCCCGCAGCUCUGGGCCGCUCCGCCCUCCAAACUUCAGGGUCAGCACAGAGGGUUAGCUCCACGGCUUUGCGGAUGGUUUCCGUCGGCCAAGCGGCGCCAGACUUCAAGCUGAACAACCAGAACGGGAAGCCGGUGACGCUGAGCAGCUUCAAGAACAAGAAGAAAGUGGUGGUGUUCUUUUACCCCAAGGACAGCACGCCAGGCUGCACGAAAGAGGCCCAGACUUUCCAGAGCGACCUCGCAAAAUUCAAGAAGGCCGGCGCGGAAGUGAUCGGAAUCAGCAGCGACGCUGACCACACCGAGUUCGUGAAGGAGAACAACUUGAGCAUGACUCUGUUGAGCGACAUCGGCGGCAAGGUGCGCAAGGCGUGGAAGGUGAAGGGCGCGGUGUUCGGCACCAUCGACGGCCGUGUCACGUACGUCCUGGACAAGAACGGUAUCGUAACCAGCAUGUACGACAACCUCCUCGACGGCGCCGCCCACAGCAAGGAGGCCCUCAAGGCCCUCGAGUCAUGAGGGAGAAGACAGCAUUAGCUGCCCUUGCUCAUGUCGAAUUGAGCAUUGUCUCGGACGAGAGGCCUUACCGUUUUUGUGGAUCGGUACAAUACUUCUGUUCGAGCGAUCAUUCCUAGAGCGAACUCGAUGUGUCUGGCGCCGUUAGGUUCAACUAUUUUGUUAGGUUUCUGAGUUGUGAGGUUAGGGAUGAUGUGUUUUUGAAGGCCCUUUUCUACUGGCGUGGUAGGUCCGUUUGGCUCAGUCAGUUGAAGUAACAUAUCCUUCAUGGUGUUAAGCCCCACAAAGUGAAUAGAAUGCGGAACGAUUUCGAGGCAAGUUGUUGGCUUGCGCUCUUUCUCACGGGCGGACUGGCUCGUUUUUCCACUCACCUCGGUCUGUUUCGAUGCUUACUCACGGGCGGACUAGCUUCUUCGUCUUUCCACCCAUCUCGGCCCGUUAUGAUUGCUCUACACAGCAGAAGCAUCCUUUAGACACGCCCCGAGCGAGUAUUGUCCCUCGGUUGACCUCUAUACGCAAGGGUACAUUGGUCGGUAUACCAACCGGCUCCUGGUGGUGCCUUCUGUCUGUGCGCGGUGAGGCGUAAGCGUAUCUCGCAUGCAUUCGUGGGAUUUGGGCGGGGCCAUGGCGAUUGCGUUCUGGAUUCUCACGUGGCAGGGCGAACCCCGAGUCGUCGAUUGGACGGCAUGGUUGUCCCCAAGAAACGGAACGAUGUCCCUCGAUACACCCACACACAGCCAGCAAGCUGGUAGUAAAAUGCUGAUGUUUUGAAUUGCUGCAAGCUUGAAAGUGGCCGAACGAAGACGCCCGCGGCAGGCAAGGAAACACGUGCUGUUUUUGGCGAUGGAAAAAGGGUAUUGCCUUUGAAGGACCAGAGCGAAUAUAAGCUGUGAGUACAUUUCGAGAUCCGGUGUAUCUAUGGACGCAUUGAAUUUUUCUCUCCAUAGUUUCAUGCGGUCGCCCCGGUGGUCUAGUUUUGUUUGGUUGUUUGUUUUUCUCCCAU